AUGGAUUAUGCUAGAUAUUUAGGAGUUAAUAAUGUUUUGAUUGAAUUGAAACACUCAGAAUCUCCAAAAUUGGCAAAAUUAAUUAACAAUUUUUUGGAUUCUUCUAAUUGUGAAUUGAGUUUUUGGAUUCUUCUCCCAACAAACUCUUAUCUUUUUAAAAAUGAAGAUUGUUGGCUUGUUUGGAGAAAUUUUCGAACACUUUGUAAUAAUUGUAACCAUUUAUUUGUUGGGUUGGCUUUUACUGAGGAUUUGGGGGAUGAAUUUGCAUCUUAUAAACAAAUACAGAGGUGGAAAGCUGAACCGCUUUCUUUUAUUCGAAUUGACUACUCACUUUUUGUUCGAGGAAAUGGAUCAGAAUUAAAACUUACAGAUGUCCAUUCAAAAUUGCUCAAAAAUUUAUUUUUAAAUAAUCAAUGUCAACAUUUACUUUUAUCUUCACUUAAUUAUGAUGAAUUAAAUGAAUUAGUUUUUGAAGAAAUGUUAAAUGGAUCUCUUGAUUGUAUAAAAGAAAAUAAUUGUAAAAGAGUAAUCGAAGAAGAAUUUUUGGAUGAAUAUAUGGAUGUUUUGCAGAUUCCCCUUCAACCAUUAUCUAAUAGCCUCGAUUCUUCUGUUUAUAAUACUUUUGAACAAGACAAACCAAAAUAUUUGCAAUACCAAAAAGCAAUCAAAACUGCAUUAGAAGACCUUUUAUUACAAAAUUUUGAAAAUAUUAUUUUAAUUAUUUUGGGUGCUGGAAGAGGGCCUUUAGUUAAUGCUUCUCUUUCAGCUAUAGCUGAAGCUAGAAAAACUUUUAAAUAUCAAAAAGAAUUUUCUGUUAAAAUUUAUGCUGUCGAGAAAAAUCCAAAUGCUAUAAUUUCUUUACAAUAUUGCAAUGAGGAAAGGUAA